CACCGCUGUUGUUGCAGCCAUUUUACCGAGGAGCGACAGCACAGCGGCGACCGGAGGAUGCCGAGGCGACACCGUUGAAAGGUCUGCAAACAUGGCUGGCACAGUGCGAGGUCCCAUGGUCGGCCGGCCCUCUGCAUUCUCCAAUGAAGAGCGGAGGGCGGUUCAUUCCUGGUCGCGGAUAUCGUCAGCGGGCCACAACGUCCUCCUGGAUGCUCUAAAGAUCCUCAGCCCCAUGUCCCAUGACCUCUCGAGCACGGAGGACCUGGUCACCUUCCUGCAAGAGCUGGGUGAGGAAGGCCACAAGCCCACCGUGCUGCGCAGCAAGGACGUGUACGGCUACCGCUCCUGCACAAACCAACCCCUGACUGAAGACAUGCUGAAGCCACCCAACAGGAACCUCAGACCUACUGCCAAGAGAAGGGGAAAGAAGGGACUGGCCAAGAAGAGAGAGGUGCACCCGUCCUGGAACACCUCUGAGAGGAGCAACCCCAGGAUUCAAGGGGUCCGCCCUCCAGAGCUGCUGGUGGACCAGCACUCCAUUGUCUGCAGCAGGACCCCCAUUCGGACUGUAGAGAUGUCACAAGCGCUGCAGUUGCAGCCGUGUCUCAGAUUGACCAACAUUGAAGGCCUGACGGGCUUCCACACAGCAAGGCUCCAGAUCCACACUAACUGGGACUCGUCCUCUGGGGCGCCCUCUGUUGGCUUUUCACAGCAACAGCACCCCCCAACACUUUCAGGAAUACCUUUGCAGCCUUCUCAGAAUGGUGGUGGGGCGCCCACCAAAGCUGUGGCCUUGUUCAGCCAGAAGAGCCUGUCCUGUCCUAUCCGACUGGACGGUGCCCUCAUUGGAGAUUCUGCACCGGUUUUCUAUGCUAACGGUCGGGUGUUUCCACAGACUCAUACAGAGCUGACCAGUAACGGCUGGAGGAGCAAUGGUUUCCCCCAGGACGGUCAGAGCCCCAAGGAACUAGACAUCCCGUCCCGGCAGAGAAACAGCUGGAAGGACAAGAACAGUUUUAGAUGGAAAGUGAUAAAGGUGGAUGACUCUCGUUCCGUGGCUGAUGCCCGCAGAAAAGCGCAAAAGAUCCUACAGGUCAAUCUGUCUCCGGUGAUUCAGAUUCAACCUCUGAACCAUGUGCUUAGAGACUUCAGAUACCAGAACAAGUGACAAUUCUCCUCAAACCUACACACACACACACACCAUGUCCUUCAGCAGAUGUUAGUGUUCUACAUCCAUUAGCCUCUUCCUGGCUGAGCCCCAGUGUUCAUAGCAGACAUCGUACAUGGGUUUUUAUGAUCUCUGCUGGGUGCUGGAAGUAGAGUAGUUAGUUUGUCUGUGGAGGAUCAGGUUCAGGGGCACCUGAGAAUGAAAGGCAUUUAAAGUUAGGUGAUGCUUUUCCUAGCAGGCUGGGAAAGGACUAUCGACUGAAUGCUGGUACAUUAUCACUGUCAACAUAAGUUUAUGCUACACAAAACUUCAACCAACCAUCAUUCUGCCUUGAGUUGACUGGUGGCUAGCUGAUAUUUCUGAUGAAUUUAUGGAUGCAGCAUCCACUGUGGCUGUUGUGGUGAAUUUUCUGCCCUUCGAUAAUGUGCUGGGUGUGGCUUGCAGGUGUUCAAAGAGUAUUUAUAACUAAUUUGAAGUAUAGCACUGUUUGUUAAAAUUUUUUUUUUACAUGUAGCGAUUAAAAACAGUGCUGUCACUGCGGCACCCUUUUUUUUCCCACUGUAACGAAGAAGGAAAUAAAGUUAGUGGUGGGAUGGGACGAUCCCUUCACACCCAGAUGAACUGGUGGAUGAGCAAGGCGGGUUUGUAAAGUCUUCAGAUGAGCAGACGUGGUGGUUGGUUGGUCCAGCAAAACAAAUAAACUAAACAAAAAGAGGGAAUAAGGAAAGUGUUUAGUUUGUCUUCCUUUUUUGUAUUUUGUUGUUUCCACUGGAAAUCAGGAAGGCUCUUGGAGUUAGUACAGGAGGGAAUCAAACCCACGGCACACAGAGAUAGAUAAAUACCUGGCUGAUUAGUUUGAACUACAGUCCUUCACAAAGUGUUCCUUGGUUUAGUUUAUCCACACAUGGAGAAAAACAAUGGAUUUAAGAGUUUUUUUGACAGUUGGGAAUAUUUGAUGUCUUUCAGUGACAAAACAUGAAUUAAUGAAAGCAGCUGCAGAAAAAUAAGUUAACUCUAAAAGUUUAAGAUGUUUUGCAGACACGAAUAUGAAAUCAAGAUGUUCACUCGGGCUUGGAAAAUACUAUCAGCAGGUCUGAUUCUGCUGAAAAUUGACUUUUAUCAAAUAAAUGUCUCUACUAAACAGGCAAUCAACUUUCAGUCCAAGUCCUGAGUCCUGUAAGACAUUUGUUUGGCUGAUUCAAAAAACAUUUGUGGUGAAAUUUGUUAACUUGAGGUACAGGCCUGUUUGUUUCCUGACCAUUUAAAUUUGAAACUGCAACACAAGAAAGUUGGAUGUCCCAUCAGAUCUCCUUUGUGCUCUGUGAGCUCUGAGGUGACACAGAGAAUCACCCGACAAAUUCUAUUUAGUAAUUUCUUGAAUUCAUCAGCUGCGAUCAGACUGUUCUUACUCCCCUUAAAACAAAGAAAAAUGCACUUUGAGGUUGUGACAGUGAUUCAUUGGAACCUGUUCACAAAAGUAAUUAAUAUUUUUAUUUGCUGCAACAUGGGGAAAAUAUUUGAAAUAAUAAUUGAAAUUUCUAAAAUUUGAUCUAGUUUAUUUUGGACCUACAAUGGUUUUUGCUACAGGUGCUAACUUUGCAAUGUUGGUGCUCAAUGAAAUGACUGGCACAAGAAUGUCAUCCUGUUUCUCCUUUACCAGUUCAAAUUGGAGCAUUGAAUAACUUCCUGUGAGUUAGUCUCUGAGGGACUGAUAGCACUGCUGCCCCCUGCAGGUUGGGAUGCCAAACCACCUUGUGUGCUUUCCAAAGGGUUUCUAUUGUGAGGACCCACCUUGAAUCCAUUUUCAUGUUAUCUGUGAAAAACUCCUGUGUAUUCCCCUCAAAAAAAUAGUUUGAGAUGUUUGGGCAAAAUAUCAUUCCACGAGAAUAAAUUAUUGAGUGCUAACAUUUUAUUUUUUGUCAAAUACAAAUUUUUUUUUUGACAAACUCUUACCUCGUAGUCUACUUAUUAGCUUUUCAUGGAGCUUUUACUGAUCUCAAGCCCAUUAACUACAGAUAAAAGCUCCAGAAAAAGCCAGUAAGUGGACCUUGACAUUAGAAAUAUUGACUAAUUAAGCAGCCAGAUCUUCUGAGGUCCAGAAAAAACAACUAAACCACCAUCAGGUCAGUAAAUAAGGUCUUGUGUUUCUAAAACCACGAAAAAGACAAAAAAAUGGAUUUCCAAACAUUAGUUACAGGUUUAAACAUUGUGUGCUCUGUUGCAGGCUGCAACAGUGCAUGGCCUUCAAACCAGAAACCGCAGACAGCAAAGCUGCGGUUUCUGGUUUGAAGGCCAUGCGCUGUUCUCAAAUUUGAAAACUGUUCCGCUUUUGAAACUGAGACCACAUCAGUGUUUGGUGAUCGGCUUUACAGAUUUCCAUGUCCGUAAUCUGAUGAAUUUUAUGUUCUGGAGGAAUCUGUUUUUUCGCACCCCUUUAAGACCUGUCUGUAUGCGGCCAUGUUCAUGCCCACCGGCAACUCCCUUUUGUAGAUCUUUCUGUUUGUCUUGUUUGUGCAACACUUGUAUAAUAUUGUAUUUCCUACAUGAUCUUUAAAAAACGUUUUUGUUCAA